AUGGAAUACGGGUCUCAUGAGACGCUUUGUUGUUUGUCGUUUCCCAUUGUAUUUACUGAUGUGCAUGCAAUCGUCAUUCUCACAGAACGCGAAGAGAUCCCAUCCAGCAGGAAUAACUUGGGAUCCUUCGGUCACGAUAAAAAUACAUUCUUGAACAAGCACAACCAGUACCGGACGAUGGUCCUCAGAGGGAUGGUUCCGAAUCAACCACCGGCUUUGCUGCUCCCCAACUUGCAUGCGCCGUACGGUCACUUUUACGUCUUUCUCACGAGAGGUACCAAGUGGUCGGAGCGUGACUUUACUGACUGGAAGGUCCGUGGUUCGAACACCACCUCUGUCUCUCAACUUUCCCUGUCUAGGCUUGGGCAACCUGGCAGUAUCCCAGCCCUCGUGCAACAUUCGGGUGGCAUGGCAGCCAGGAAACCAUUUUUUAAAUUAUUACCGCGCACAUGGAGCGAUGUUCUGGAGGCAAAUGCAAGAAAUGAAGCAGAAAGUUGCGCUUAUUCAGCGACUGGAGAGAAUUCGCCUGGUGGGGUUCGAGUACAAUCCAAAAGAGAAAACUUUGAAAGUGAUCUAAUGUUUUCUUUACACUCUGCUUACAGUGCGGUCAAGUACUGGUUUGAUCAACAUCUACACUACAAAUACGGUCGAUAUCCUCCAGGAAAUUCCGUCCAAGUGUCGGGCUACACACAGCUUGUGUGGGCAAACACACAGACCGUUGGAUGUUAUCAAGCCUACUGUAAGCACUAUUGGACGGGCUCCAACGUGGAAUCGGACAUACAUAAUACAGUUUGUCGCUACUGGCCUCCGGGCAAUGUGGACAACGAAAUGCCAUAUGAACGUAAGCAGAAUCCGAACUUCCACUCUCUACCGGUGUCAUACACCCGGAUUGUAAAAGCUUGCUAUUAUUCAAAUGCUGGUGAACUCAUGACUGGGAUUCUUCUUCACCCUAUAUACACCACGACAGCUUCAGACCAAAACAAGGAGGACUAUCUAAACAGGCACAAUAUGUACCGGACCAUGAUGUGGCAGCGCAAAGUGCCCCAUCAACCAGUGUCCUCUGUGUUAUCCAAUUUGACAUGGAGUGCGAGACUGGAGAAAGAAGCGAAGCUCGAAGCAGAAAUGUGCGUUUCCGCAGUGAAAGGGGAGAUUUUACCGGGGGAGGCACGGACAGAAUCCAAAGAUAUCAAUCUGGAGGGGAAGCACUGGACUCGAGUUUCGCUCUUAUUAGAGCUCAUCAGCAGUGCAUAUCCAAUGACCGUGCCGGAAUUUGAACCCCAGACAUAUGACAUGCGAGGCGAGCGUGUAAGUACUACUCAACCAACGCACGUUGGACGCAUCUGA